AUGUCAGAAAAUAUGCAAAUUGAUCAACCAGAGGAGGUGGCACAAACCGAGACACCCCGUUUUGAAAUAAAAAAGUGGAACGCUGUUGCUUUAUGGCAGUGGGACAUUGUCGUAGAUAACUGUGCGAUUUGCAGAAACCAUAUUAUGGACCUUUGCAUCGAAUGUCAAGCGAAUCCCGAUUCCGCUGCUGCGCAGGAAUGUACCGUUGCCUGGGGUACUUGUAAUCAUGCUUUCCAUUUCCAUUGCAUUUCACGGUGGCUCAAUACUAGAAAUGUUUGUCCUCUAGACAAUCGUGAAUGGGAAUUCCAACGAUACGGUCAUUAA